UCACAUGACCUGUACCUGUUCCUCCCGUCCAUCGCUAGGGGACUCAGCCCUGUGAGAUGUCUCUCUCCGGUCGUGGUGUCCGUGUUCGUGUGUGUGUCUGUGAUCACGGUCUGUGAGCAGCAGUCGUCGCCACUGUGCGUCGCUGAAGAUGUUGCAGCAGCAGCAGCCUCUGACAGGCAACGGGCCCUCCAAUGGCCGGGGACUCGGUUUGAGCGGCCACCCCGGGAUGCACGCGCUCAACUCGGUGCACCAAGCCUCCCAGCGCCGGUCCGACGGAGGGGACGCGGGCCUCGAGGGCUCGGAGAACGGACACGAAUCCCGCAGAGACAUCGGCGACAUUCUGCAGCAGAUCAUGACCAUCACCGACCAAAGUUUGGACGAGGCACAAGCAAAGAAACACGCACUCAACUGUCACCGCAUGAAACCCGCGUUAUUCAGCGUGUUGUGUGAGAUCAAGGAGAAAACUGGUCUGUCAAUGAGGAAUAACCAGGAGGAGGAGCCUCAAGAUCCUCAGCUGGUGCGAUUGGACAACAUGUUGUUGGCGGAGGGUGUGGCGGGGCCGGAGAAGGGUGGCGGUGCCGCUGCUGCCGUGUCGGCAGCCACCAGCUCGGGAGGGAUGUCACCUGACAGCACGCUCGAGCACUCCGACUACAAAAGCAAGUUGAGCCAGAUUCGCAGUAUCUACCACACUGAGCUGGAGAAGUAUGAGCAGGUAUCGUGUCGCAACAGGAGAUGAGCACUGACAUUGCCUGUGCACGCUUGCUUGUACUAGAGCUGCUCACCCGAAACAUAAUCCACUGGCAUGUUAGUUCUAGAGUUCACAGCAGAUAACUGUUCCUUGCCAGGGAAUUCUCCUUUGUCUUUAAGUUGCUGAUCAAAACACACCAGACAGGUACAAGCUUCAUGUCACAAAUUCCAACCUGCACUUAAGUCCUAAUUGUUGCUGUUAUUCAAAACACCAUUCAGAUAUGUUAUGAAAUACAUGUUUCCUGUUGAAUUUACUGCACAUUUAAA